CUAUUAAUCCCUUUGACAUUUAUUCAUGAAAAUCAUUUAUCAUAACUGAAUAAAAUUAGUCGGAAUGCGAUGUGCCUGCUCAAAACACCUCUCAUAUAUGUGCAUCCAAGUGGAAAUAUCCUUAAAGAAAAGCCACCCAAGAUAAACCAAAAAAAAGUAUGUAGUACCAUACCAAACUUUGGAAUCUCAAAGUUGUUGAGGUCUGUAAGACAUCUCCAUCUAAAAUGUCCAACUAAAGAAACAGAAAAACCAAAACUAGGAAACUUCUUCAAUUAAUUCCCUUUGGUCCAAGGCUACUAUUACUACCAUAGUUUUCCUCUGAAUAUGGUGCAAAGAAAGGUGACAAACAAGCUUGGUAUCCAAGCUGAUCAGGUUAAAACCAAUCAACUGUUUCUGAACCUGAUCAAACCCUCAUCACCAUCUUUUCAACAUCAUGAUUCGAGGAAGAUUAUCGUAGGCGUCGAUUCCAAGAAGAAAAUGAAGAAAUCAAGACCAACUAAUAAGCGUUCUGAUCAUCACCAAAUCCAGUGCUUCAGUUCAGCAACUACUAAGGGAAUUAGCCAAAUUCCUCAACCUGGAAAACCACCACCAGGAAAACUUGUUUUAUCCUCUUCUUCUUCUUCCCCAAUAAAGAAGUCUGCAGGGAAACAACCAUAUUCUGAUGAAGCCAUGCCUAAUUACAUGAAGCCCACAAGCAGUUCUGAUGCAAGGAAGGAACAUAUUCAUCAUCAGGUGAGUUCCAAGAAUCUUCAAGCUUUAUUAUUAUCUGAUGGAAAAACUUCCAGUUCCACCAGCUGCAGCCCAAAAUGGAAGAACAAAGCUAAAAUCAGCUCAAACUCCUCUGUUCCUAAUAAAGGGGCCAGAGUAUCAUUGGUUAGGACUUUGACAAAAACUACUAGUUUUAAACCAGUGAGAUCUUCUUCAGUAGUGAAGAAGAAGAGAAACUUCCCUGGAGUGCUGAGUGAGAAACUAAAUCCUCAGAGGGCAACAUGUUCUUCAACCUUGAAGGAUUCUAAGUUUCCAGCUUACCUGGAACUUAAUUCCGGAGGAACAGAAUCAGAAGGGAAAUCGGUCAUGAAAGUCUGCCCGUAUACUUAUUGUUCUCUGAAUGGCCAUCGUCAUCCUCCUUUGCCACCGUUGAGGGGUUUUCUGGCCUCGAGGCGGCGGAUGCUAAAGGCUCAGAGAGGUUUGAAGCUGGGAUUCUGUACCUCUCCGCGUCCCACAAAGCAGAAAGAAAAUCUAACAGAGCAAAUGAAGUUGGAUGAUCCAUCCACAGAUGAAGAGAAACAGGAAGAUUUCUUCGUCGAAAUUUACAGCAAGGAAAAAGAAGGGACAGCAGAACACACUGAAUUUGUCAAUACUGAUAAGCCAUUUGUUGAAGAAACAUCUUAUGAUCUUGACAAUCAGCAAGUUCAGGAAAUCCUUUCAGACGGGAAUCUGGGCAUAGAAGAUAAACUGGAAAGCUGGUCACAUGAUGAGGUUGGAGGAAGACAAAUCAUACCAAUAGACAGUAAAGAGUUUGAAUUUUCUGAUACGGACUGUGAAGCGGAUAACUACACCAUUUCCCUCAAAAACAUCCAAGAUUUGGACUUACAUGAAGACCCAAUUCAGUUUGGAAGCUGCGUCUUCCCCGGUAAUUGGGUUCUUAAGGCUGAUGAUUCGGUGAUACGGUUCUUGGAGGAAAUUCAAGAUGGUGGGCUUCUGCAACAACCAUUUGAUGAAGAAAUGUUUGAUGGAGAAAGUAUUAGCUCUAAAGCCGAGAGUUACCGAGAUUUUGAGAUUCAGUACUACAUCGAAGGCCCUGAAGCUCAAAUCAACAGCCGCCAAAUGCAGGGUUCAUUAGUUGAAGAAGAUGGGCUCCCUCAAGAAUGUGGCAAAACAGGCCUAAUCCCCCUGGAGAACCACAUCAAAGAACUGUUUUGUGCUGACUGCAAUGUUGAUCCAAAAUGCCUUGAAGUGAAUCACAAAUUUCUCAAUACUAUAGAAAAACUGAGGAGUUUUACUUUAAUAAUUGCUAAUGUAAAAGAUAAGAUUGCGCAGGGUGAUGAAGUAGCUGAAGAGAUUUGGGAUAUGGAAUCCCAAGAUUUCCAUGACAUGAUCGAUGAAAGUUCAAAGGCAGGAUCAAAUCCUCCGUCCGAUGGCGAGGAUGAAGAGCAAGAAGAACAAGAUGAUGUAGCUGAAUCAUACAGGGAAGAAAAAUGCUCUACCAAUGAAGAUGACAUAGAAGAUACAGAAAAACAUCUGGAACCCCUUAAUGGAAGAUCUGAUGAAACUUUUGCAGGCGAAGAAACAUCGAUGAUAUCCAUGAGUCCGUGCGACACCUCCAGCGCAUUGGAUACUUCAGGAAACGAUUUGCGUCAAGAAUCAGGGGCUCAAACAAGUGCUAAACUGAAAUGGAGAAGCGGAGGGAAGAAAUGUUCCGAAGACUGCAAGGAGCAAAGAGAAUUUAAUCCCAGAGGGCCGAAUUUCCUGACCCUGGAACCUGAUCCUGAAGCAGAGAAGGUUGAUCUCAAGCACCAAAUGAUUGAUGAACGCAAAAAUGCGGACGAAUGGAUGAUUGAUUAUGCUAUUCAGCAAGCAGUUUCUAAGUUACGUCCUGCGCGGAAGAAAAAGGUGGCGUUACUGGUCGAAGCUUUCGAAACAGUUAUACCAACAUCGAGACAAGUUCAAGCUUGCAAUUGAUCCGAAACACUAUCUUGGUAAAAUGCUGUUCAUCUCUAAUUUCACUCUUUUUGCAGUGUACUUUUGACCAGAAUUAUAGCCCAUUUUCGAAGAACACUGACAAUUUCACUUGUAUUUGGUGCAGGAUAUGCGACCCAAGCAACUUUCCUUCCUCUUAUGUGCAUUCUCCAAAACAAGGAAAAAAAAUCACAAUGCUCUAAUUAAGAUGAAUAACGAGGGUUCAAAAGGGCUUAGAGCUUGAAUGUUGGGUAAAAUAUUAGUAUUAUUAUUGUCCCAAAUGUAAUUUUCUUGUUAUGAAUGUUCUUGUGUUCUUGCAUCAAUGAAGCUGUGAUUGUUCUUUGUUACUCCCUCUAUUCCAAACAAUCUUUACUCUAACUGUAAAGUGAGGUGAGAUUCUUUUGCAGCUUGUAAGAAAAGUUCUUCUGAUGAUCUUCUAUGCGUAAACCAUCCAGAGACCAUGCCGAUUGAAUCAAUUGAGAUGAGUGAGGGCAAUUGGUCCAAAAUUGUUUCAAACCUCUUCCUUUUUCUAAUUUUAUGAUCGUUGUCCCUUAGAUGAACCAAAAUAGGUCCAUGGUCUAAAUGCAUUAUAGAAAGAUUCCUGAUGAUUGCUUUGGAGAAUUGUGUUAACCAUUGGCUGUUAACAAAAGCCCUAUCUAGUCUUUCAAAAAUGGCCUCUUGAUUGUGUCUUUAUUGGUCCAGGUGUACUAAUAACCAAUAUGCUUAAGCUCUUCAAGAUCAUUUUGAGAAAUGAAAUGUCGA